GACAACGCUGAGGUCAACAGUAUCAAAAUCCACUUCCUUGCCUCCACACUCGCAGCUGAUUCGCGCAUACACAAGUUACCUACUGUUGUGGAUAACAACAUGUCGGUUGCCCAUCAAUAUGCGAGAGCCACAGCCAUGCUGGAACUAUGGGAAAGAUUCUGUAGCCGUAUCUAUGAUCAUCGUGUUCCAUCAGCUGCGAACUUUGUUUUGGAUGGUGCAUUGAAGCUGGUCGUGUUUCGGGUCAACCUCCGCACUCAGAAGCGCCUCGCGGCCUCCGUGGUCGGUUGCGGAAAGCGCAAGAUCUGGCUCGACCCCAACGAGACCAGCGAAAUCGCCAACGCCAACUCCCGUCAGACCGUCCGCAAGCUCGUCCAGGAUGGCCUCAUCAUCCGCAAGCCCGUCACCAUGCACUCGCGUGCCCGCGCCCGGGAGCUGACCGCCGCUCGACGAAUUGGCCGCCACCGUGGUUUCGGUAAGAGGAAGGGUACCAAGGACGCUCGUAUGCCAAGCCAAAUCGUCUGGAUGCGCCGUCUCCGUGUCCUCCGCCGUCUCCUCGUCAAGUACCGUGCCGCCGGAAAGAUCGACAAGCACCUGUACCACGAGCUUUACCACCUGUCCAAGGGUAACACCUUCAAGCACAAGCGUGCUCUCGUUGAACACAUCCACAAGGCCAAGGCUGAGAAGGCUCGCGAGAGGGCUAUCCAGGAAGAGAUGGACGCCAAGCGUGCGAAGACCAAGGCGGCGAGGGAGAGGAGGCAGGAGCGUGUCCAGCAGAAGCGUCAAGCUCAGCUGGGUGACGAGGAGUAA